UGGAAACCAGUGUAUGGCUGGCGAGCUGUGUCGGAUUCCAACAGAUUGUAACCGCUUGUUGCCAUCGCACGGUGCGGCCUGGGACUGGGCCUUUUAAAAGAAGAUGGCUUCUACAGAGUUAGGCACGAAUACUGAGUUUGAGGUUUCUGCAGAAGAGUACACUGGGAUAGGCCUACAUAUGCAGCUCUUGUCCUCCCAGAGGUCAGAAGAGAGACACAGGGACCACUGUGAUUACCUCCUGGAUGCCAUUGAUGAACAGUUAGACCAGCUGCAGCCAAGGCCAACAUUGAAGAAUUCACAAAAGAAUGCAGAUGAAAACUCAAAAUUUGGCACAUCAGAGGUGUUUAAUGCAGGAUCAAAAGACCAUUCAGAAGAUCUGAAGACAAUGGAUUCAUCUCUAAAGGAAGAAAAAGCUGGUGUGACUCAGUACAAACACAUUGCAGGCAUACCCUUGAAGAGCUUUGACACCGUGACUGUUGACAGUGAUUUGGACUCUGUGACCACAGAGAGAGUGCGGGAUCAUAUUCGCAAAGCCCGGGGUAUCAGGAAAGGUCACGCAGACUCUGGACACAGCACAAGAAGGUUGCAUCGGAAUCAUAAUGAGCGUUUAAGAUAUACAGCCUCCAGUAAAAUGUCUAAGGACGAUGACGACGAUGAGGAGGAAUUUGAAAGGACCAUUGCUGGCACACAAUGGAGAAGUGGCAGCACCAAGCAAUGGACUUCAAGCCCAAACAAGGCACCAGAAUCCAUUACUAGGGCAAUUUCAAGUGAUUGUCAGGAUUCACCUGACCAAGCACAGUACAGGAGAGCCAUUGAAGACCUUGCUACAGAACGUGUCCUUCUGGAAGAAUCAGCGGCCAAGCUUCGCAGAGAUGCAAUUUUGGAAGAAGAGAGAUUAACAAAGAAGAAGGCUCAAUGCAGGGAAGCUGAUCUGUCAUUAAAUGACCUCCUACUCCAGAAAAAGGAAGCAUACCUGGAGUUGGAGUCACUCAGAGACUUACUGGAGAGAACUCGGAAUGAAGCUGUGAGAAUGGAGACACAUGUAAGGGAGACGCAGAUGGCAGAGGAGUCUUUAAGGAGUGAACUGGUGUUGCUGGAAUACAAGCAUAGCGAUUAUCUGAAGGAGCUGAAAGAACUAGAGAUGGAACUGGACUCUAUAAAGCAGCAAUGCUCCAGUGCACAUAGCGGCCAGAUAUCCAAUUUAAAGUACGAGAUCUCAUCACUUACAAACGAGAGAGAUGAGCUUAAAGCCCGUUUACGCCACACGGAGGGAAGCCUUACAUUCAUGGAGCGCCAGGAGCUGGAACGACAACUCAGUAAUGCAAAAUCCGAGCUGUUCUCUGAGCAACGAACAACCAGAGCCAAGAUUGUGAAGCUGGAAGAGAAUUUGGAAGAAUCUCAGUGCAAACUGGAAGAAAAAAUAACAGAAUGUGCAGAGAAACAAGAGAAGAAUAAACUGCUUAAAUCCCAGCUACGUGAGCUGGAAAAGAAAUACGAAAGCCAAAUUCAGAAGCAGGAAGAAGAGGCCAGUGAACACAACGAAGCUUUUAACCAGCAAGUCACAGAGUUAAGUUCCCAGGUGAGGGAGCAAAACACUAGAAUUGCAUCGCUGGAGAAGAUUCUAUCUGAGAAGGAGCUGGAUCUGCUCAGACUCAGAGAUGUGAUCUCGUCCCUCAAGGCUGAAAAGGAAGCGCAUGUUUUUGCAGCAGAGGCCCUGAAAGAAGAACAAAACAAACGAGUACUUGACCUACAGCAACAGCAUCAGCAAGACAAGGACAGGCAGCUGGCUGAACUGAAAGAACAGAUGCACUGCCAGAAACAAAUGGAAAUCCAACAGUUUGCAGAAAAUAUGGAGCAAGUGAAAAUAAAAGCACUGCAGGACCAAGCGGAAUCUCUCAGAAAAGAAACAGACAAAGCCUUAAAGACUCUCGAGGGGAAGGAUAAAGAAAUUGCAAAGCUGAAAGAGACUCUCAAAUCCCAGAAGGAAUCAAUGAAGAAGCUAGCUGCAGAACUGAAGCAGGAAGCAAGAGAGAUGGUACAUAACACACUGCUCCGUGAGCAGAAGAAAUGGGAGGGUGAGAAGAAGGAUGCUUUACAAAUACAGAGACAUACCCUAGAGGAGCAGAAGCUUCAAGACAUGGCUGAUCUGCGUGAAGCACUGGAAAACGAACACAGAAUGGUGAUGACAUUGGAGAGGAAAUUGGCAGACCUUCAAAAUGAAAUUCAGGAGCAUGAGAUUCACAAGCGUUCGCUGCUUCGAGAAAACCAAGAAGCUCUGGAUGGGCUGCGUACUGUCCUCAAGGAAGAGAAGCAGCAAGAGUUAAUGAAACUGCAACAAGAACUAUCACAGGACAGAGAUCGAGAUUUGGAGCGGCUAAAGAUCAGGCUCCAGCAGAUGGAGGAAGAACAGCAUGUUCUGCGGGCUGAGAAGAACGAGGCGGUCUUCAGAGAGAGAGAGGCUCUGGCCCAGACGGAGCGAGCUGAGAGAGCACUGGCCAGGGAUAUUACAGCAGAAUGCGAGCAUAUCAUGAAUACUACAGGGAGACCCAGAACCCAAAGCCCUUCACGCAGCAGAAGCCAGUCUUGCCUCUCUACCAACCAAGCAUUACAAAUGCUGCAUGGAGUGAAUGAGGAGAACAACCAGUUCAUUCAUGAACUGCAACAGGAAGUAGAGGCUCAAAAACGGACAGUCAUUCAUGUGCAGAGAGAGAAGGAACGAGAGUUGCAGCAGCUGAAAGAACAGUUGCAGAUGGACAAGGAAAAAGCUCUAAGUUUGUUAAAAGAGAGGCUCAUACAGGAACAUAUUGAGGAGAUCACAAACAUGCAGAGGGACCAACUGAGGGGGAGCAAUGGACCUGAUGGUCAAUCUUUGCGUCAGCAGCUUCGAGAGAAAGAUAAUGAACUGCGAGCCAUCCAGAGGAACAUGGCCAAAUGGAAAGAAGAGACCGCAACAAAACUGGCUCAGAAAUUUGAAGAGGAGCUGAAUGUAGAACUGGAAAAAAGUUUAUCCAGGAGUAAAGCUUCCGAAAGUCACAGAUACACGGAGAGAGUUGGAUCUGGUGUUUGCAGGCUCUCUGGGAUAAAUCAGGACAGAAGAGAGAAUUCUUCUCAUCUCCGUUCAGCCUCCACGCCAUCCCUGAACGGAGUAUCUGUUCAGCAUGAUUUUGGAGCUCUAAAGAUCCUCCGUAAUCUGCAGGGCAGAGUCCGUGAGCUGCGGGCAGAUCGCAGAGUGUACCGCGGUGCAAGCAUGGAGGAUCUGAGCAUGUUGAGAAGUGACCUGGGAAAUUCCUUAAUAGAGAAGAGACCUUUAAUGCCUGACCGAUGCAUGACACCACUCCAAGGAAGAAGUAUAAGGAAAUAAGGCUGUGCUGACUCCACAGUAAGGCAGUCUGAGCUAACUCAAACACAACCAAACCAGAGAAUGUCUUAAAUGACUGCAGUUUAUGAACUGUUCCAUCAGGAGCAAAAAUGUAUCUUUAACAUGGAUGCCAUGUAAGUGCUCCCUGUGUGCUCUGCACGAUUAGAGCGGUGUAU